AAUCUCUCUCUCUCUCUCUCUCUCUCUCUCUCUCUCUCUCUCUCUAUUUCUCUAUCUGGGUUAAAGGAUUCUGAUUUAUGAAACAAUCCUUCUUCCCUCUGCAAUCAACUCUCUCUAUCUAUCAAUCUAUGUUGUUACCUGUAAAUUGGAGGUCUGCACUCUCUAGGUUUUUGCCUUGUUAAGAGGGCAAUUUCGGUGCCCAAAAUUGCAGGUAUCAAACCCAAUUAGGGAAAGUUCUGAUUUCCGAAACCCUCGUAUGUUAGAAAGGCAGGUUUUAAAAUCAAGAAAUGGAAGAAGCACAGGAAAAUGGCAGGCAUCAAUUUCCUCAGAAUCCCUGUGAGAACGAUGCUGGAGCUGUCUUUGUCCUUGAAUCCAAAGGGAAAUGGUGGCACGCGGGAUUUCAUCUUGUGACUGCGAUCGUAGGGCCGACAAUACUGACGCUGCCGUAUGCAAUGAGUGGCAUGGGUUGGAGUUUGGGGCUUCUCUCUCUUACUGCCGUAUUUGCAGUCACAUUCUAUUCAUAUUCUCUCAUGUCAAAGGUGUUGGAGCACUGCGAGAAAGAGGGCCGAAGGCACAUACGCUUCAGAGAGCUUGCGUCUCGUAUCCUCGGAUCGGGAUGGAUGUUUUACUUCGUGAUUUGCAUUCAAACUGCCAUCAACACGGGAGUUGGAGUUGGGUGCAUUUUGCUUGCAGGCCAAUGUCUUCAGAUAAUGUACAAAGACGUUUAUCCUGAUGGUCCACUCAAGUUGUACCAUUUCAUUAUGAUGGCAACUGUAGUCAUGGUUUUGUUAUCGCAAUUGCCCUCCUUCCACUCCCUUAGACAUUUGAACCUCGCUUCUCUCUUCCUCAGCUUGGGCUACACCUUGCUCCUCGUCAUUUCCUCUAUUGUUGCAGGGUACUCCAAAAAUGCCCCUCCUAAGGAUUACUCACUUGAAACUUCAACAUCUGUCCGCACAUUUGAUUCUUUCAGUUCGAUUUCAAUCCUAGCCUCUGUUUUCGGUAAUGGAAUCCUCCCUGAGAUUCAGGCAACUCUUGCUCCUCCAGUAACUGGAAAAAUGCUUAAAGCGUUGUCCUUGUGUUAUAUAGUCAUAUUCUUCACCUUCUACGCGGCUGCGAUCUCAGGGUAUUGGGCAUUUGGAAACAAGGUGAACUCCAACAUUUUGAAAAGCUUGAUGCCUGACAAUGGGCCAUCUUAUGUCCCAACCUGGAUGCUCGGUAUCGCUAUAAUUUUUGUUAUCUUGCAGCUCUUUGCAAUUGGCAUGGUGUAUUCUCAAGUCGCAUACGAGAUAAUGGAAAAGAAAUCAGCGGACAUAAGGCAAGGAGUGUUCUCCAAGAGAAAUUUGGUCCCUCGGAUCUUCCUCAGGACAUCAUACAUGAUCUUUUGUGCUUUUCUUGCAUCAAUGCUCCCCUUCUUUGGUGACAUAAGCGCAGUGGUGGGUGCUGUUGGGUUCAUCCCACUUGAUUUCAUCCUCCCCAUGCUUUUAUACAACAUGAGUCUCAAGCCCCCACAAAAGUCAUUCACAUACAUCAUCAACAUAUCUAUCAUCAUUGUAUUCUCAGGCGUCGGAAUCAUGGGUGCUUUCUCAUCAAUUCGGAAGUUGGUCCUUGAUGCUCGAAAGUUCAAGCUUUUCAGCGAUGAUGUUGUUGGGUAAUAACAAAAAAACAGAGAGGAAAUUGUGCACUAACCAUGAGUGGGGCAUUGAAGCACCUUUUUGUGUGAUUAUCUUUCAUAUGUAGGUCUUGUAUCCAUGUAGGAUUAAAAUUGUGUAUUAUCUUUCAUAUAUAUGUCUUGUAUCCUUGUAGGAUUAAAAUUGUGUAUUAUCUUU